AUGGCCACCACAUCGCCAGAGACUGCCAACGUGACAACUCCUCCCGCCGCCUCUCCGCAAGAACAAGGCAGAGCAGCCUUCUUCUACGGAACGCUCAUGGCCCCAGCCGUCCUCCACCGUGUCUGUCACGGCCCCCUUCCCUGGAAUCCCUCCAAUCCUCACUACUCCACCCACAACUUCAAGACAUACCCAGCAAUACUCCCCAACCACAUUCGAAAACGCGUCGUAUUCGCAGACUACCCCGGCGUCAUUCCCUCCGACGGCGAAAGUGUGCGCGGAGUCUACGUGACGGGACUCACCGCAUCGGACAUUAGUCGCCUCGAUACAUUCGAGGGGGACGAGUACACUCGACAGAAAGUGUCUAUCCGCCUGCUCCAGGAAGAAGGGGAUGAGAAGAAGAACAGUAGUGGAGAGGGAGGAAACUCAAAACUAAGUGCCGAAACAGGAGAAAAAGAAGAAAAAGAAGAACACCUCCUCCCCUGCGAAACCUACAUCUGGACAUCCCACCCCUCCCGCCUCGAAAAUCGGGAAUGGGAUUUUGCAGAAUUCGUGCGCGAGAAACAGCACAAAUGGGUAGGAUCUGCAGGAGAUGCCGAAUACGCAGGUGAGGAUACUCUUCAACCCUAA